CCCAUUUAAAAGAACUUAGACAGUGUCAGUCUGAGUGGACGUAGAAAUGAAGAACCACCCCACCUCUUUAAGUUAUGUACACUCUUAACUGGAGCACAGUUCAGUUACAAUCAUUGUAGUGGUGGAGUCUGUACGCACAAUGGUGAACUUUAUCUUGAUACCAGCCUUACUCUGUACCUUCAGUUGGAUCUCUGUCUCAGUCUCUGAGUUUUACACAGUGGAGGUUCAGCCUGGUGAUGAAGUCACACUGCUGUGCUCAAACUUAACCAGCGUUCCCUUGAGGAUAUUCUGGUUCAAACUGGUCAAUGGACCCAAUAUCACCCGCAUCUCGUCUAUGCUGACAUCUGAUCAAAAUGCUUUAUUUCAUGAGGGAUUUGGCCCUGGCAGAUUUCAUAUGACAUCCAACACCACUACUCUCUUUCUGAACAUUAAACUUGUGGAUUCAUCUGACUCUGGGCUGUACUUCUGUGGACUUGAAGAACAAGGCUCAGUAAAAGUCUCACUGAUGGCUACAAAUUUAAAGGUUGAAGUGCCAACUGAUGGGUUUACAAAUGUCACGACUGUGAUCCUGGCAGGUGUAACAGUUUUCCUUCUUAUAAUUAUCAUAUGUCUGGUCGUCAAAAUACGGACACUUCAUACAGCUCAACACGAGGAAGUGAAUCCACAACAGACUGAGAACGUGGGCUCUGAUUCUCUCAACUACGCAGCUGUGAGUUUCCGUCCCAAAGCAAAGAGCAGCAGAAGGCCUGCAGCAGAGAGAGAACUAGAACCACAUGUAGUGUACGCUGCCACAAGAUAGACUCAAAUAACUCAGCUCAUCUCAUGCUUUAUCACAGUGAGCUGCUUGUGGGCCGUUUGUGUGGCUGGUGGAUGAGAGACUCGUGUGAGGCCAUUA